AUAGGAGUACUAGAAAGGAGGGAAAUGGAAGGACCGAAGGACCACGCGCGCCAAUGGAGCGUGAGCAAACUCGGCGAUCAGGCAACGGAAUUCCAGAUGUAUUCCGACAACGAAAUCUGAGUUCAGGGAAUUAGAAGCCCUAACUCUGUUCUGUUUUCUGCAAUUUUGAGUUGAUGAUAAUCAUUCUCCUGAGAGCCUAAAUGACUAGCGAGCCAGAAAAGGAGUCUAUGGACAUUGACAGUCCGGGAGAUGCUAAAGAACUGCCGUAUGAGCUUGUUAGAAAUGGUCUCAAUCUGUACCCAGUCUCUGUUCAUGAUUCGGGCGAAGGCCUUCCAUAUGCUCCUCAAGAUUGGCCUACUCCUGGUGAUAACUGGCGCUGGAAAGUCGGGAAAAGAAUUUCUGCUUCGGGAUACUUUAUAGAUAGAUAUUUGUAUGUUCCCACCAGGUUCCGCAAGGUAGGAGAUAGAAAAGGCUUCGCCAGCAGGCUGUCACUUGAACACUAUAUUCGAGAAAAAUUCCCCGGUGCAGAUGUUGAUGCUUUCUUUGCCUCUUUCAGCUGGAGAGUCCCUUCAAAAGUAAUCAAGAAAGCUGAUAAAGAUAUGCUCAGGGUCCUUCCGGAGCCAGCAGAAGAUCCAGUAUCUGAUGGUGUAGCACGUUGUAAAGCUGGCAAUAGAUUUUGCAGCAGCUUAGCUGCACGAGAGGACUCUGGUUCACAAAUCAUGUUCUGUGAUAUUUGCUGUGGUGAAGCUGGUUUCUGCAGAGAUUGUUGUUGUAUAUUAUGUUCUCAAACUAUUGAGAAAGCUUCUGAAGAAUACAAUUCCAUUAGAUGUGAAGCUGAUAUUGAGGGUGGUGCUUGCGGACAUAGUUGUCAUAUUGACUGUGCUCUACGAGCUUACUUGGCUGGGACAGUUGGAGGGAGUAUCGGUUUGGAUGCAGAGUAUUAUUGCCGUCGCUGUGAUACGCGAACCGAUCUGGUUUUACAUGUUACUGGACUAGUAAAGAAAUGUAAAUCAAAUGACUCACCAGAUGAGAUUGAGAAGAUCUUGAAUGUUGGCAUCCGUGUGCUGCGUGGGUCGAAUAGAACAAGCGCAACGCAGCUGUUGCAUCAUUUUCAGCUAGCCAUGUCAAAGCUUAAGAAUGGAAGUUAUCUGGAUGAUAUAUGGAAGAUGGAAGAUGUCUCCAAAGAUGCUUCUGGGCUAUCUCAAAAUGGCAACGGUGUACUGGAAAUCCCAAAGAGCGAGCAGGAAGACUGCCAACUGGUGUCGCCUCCAGUGUUGUCAUCAAAAUUUGACUAUCGAGUGGAAUCACUGAAACUUGAGAAUGAAAUUGAUUACAUCUUGGACAAGCUAAGGAAGUCGCAAGAGAUUGAAUACAGACUAGCUGAGGAAAGGCUUUCAGCUCAGAAGAAGUAUAUCAUUAAUCUUUACGAAGAGCUUGAGAAGGAGAGGUCUGCCCUGUUGAAGCAUACAUCUAUAUCCGAGAAGCAGGACUCAUUGCUCGAUGCUGUCUUGAGUAGAGUUUCUCAGGUGAAGCGGGAAGUGUCCCGGCUCAAGGACAUGGGAGAAGUCUCCAAGGGAUUCGGUAGAGUUCCUAAACAUAUUCUCAAGGAACAAUUUAGUCUAGAAAUUGAGCAUUGACAAAGCUUUCUGUAGGGAACUCCACAGAAAACUCUGAUAUGCUUGAACCACAGUUUUGCCCCUCUGCCAAAUGCAGAAUAAAUGUUUUCUUGUAACGAAUAUGUUUGUCUCAAUGAUUCAAAAUUUUGGUGUUUCUUUAGUA